GAUAGUUGCGGCCGUGAGGCGCUUGUGAACGCAUCUUGUUGGUGAAACAUUACAACCUUAAUCCCGGGAGUCCAACUCAAGAGUCAAAAUGAAGUCUGUUGCUUUGAUCCUAGUUUGCUUGGCCCUAAGCUGCCAGGCUAGAGUCGUUCAGUUGCCAGAGAAGCCCAUCGAUAUUCCAGUGACCAUCAUUGAGGAUAAGCAGCCCCUGGAGUCCCUGUCUUUGGUGAAGGAGGAAGCCCAGCCGAUCAAGCCCGAAAUUCUGGAGGAGAAAGCCAAGGAAAUCAAAGAGAAAAUUAAGCCAGAAAUUAAGGAGGAAAUUAAGCCAGAAAUUAAGGAAGAAAUUAAGCCAGAAAUCAAGCCAGAAAUCAAAGAAGAUAUCAAGCCCGAAAUCAAAGAAGAAAUCAAGCCAGAAAUCAAAGAGGAUUUGCCUGCCAAGCCCUUAGAGCUAAAGGAGGAGAUCAAGGAAAUUCCCCAAGAGAUCAAGGAAACUUCCCUAGAGAUCAAGGAAAUUCCCCAGGAGAUCAAGGAGGAACCCAAGCCCGAACUACCUGAAAUCAAGGAGCAGCCUGCCGAGAUCAAGCCCGCCGAGGAGCCAGCCAAAGUUGUCCUGAAAACCCUGUCAGCUGAAGAGCCCACCGAGCAACUCGCACCUGUUCCCAAUCCCCAGGAGCAAGAUCAAUCCGAGGUUCAGGACUCCGCUCAUCCUCAGGUCCGUCAAGCCACCCAGGCCACCCCCACCCAGAGCACCACCCAGGGCAACUUUGUGCAGCAAUUGAUCCAGAACUCCCCGAUCGGUCAGUUCUUGAAUCAGUUCCAGCCCCAGCAGCAGCAGACUCAGCCCGCUGCGGCUCCGGUUCAAGCCCAGGCGGAUGAGGCUGCUCAGCCCACUCCGGCGCCCACCGUGCCCGGCUUUCUGAAUCCCCAGGCCGCCUUCACCUCCGCCCAGCAGGCUGUCCAGAACGCGGCCCAGACCGUGGUCAACUCCACCACCCAGGCCUUCCAAGGCAUCCAGCAGUUCGCCAGCAAUCUGGGCAACCAGUUCCAGAACACCCUCUCCGGCUUUGCCAAUCCCCAGGCGGCGGUCUCCACCACUCCACGUCCUCCCGGUCCCAUCCAGCAGUUCGUGAACAAUGUCUUCGGCGGCGGAAACGCCACGGCAGCCACUCCAGCCCAGAACCAGCAGCAGGGAGGCAAUCCCCUCCAGGGAAUCAUUAACUUCCUGGGCGGUAAUCGCCCCCAGAAUGCUCCAGCUCCAGCUGCAACUGAGGCGCCGGCCAAAAAGCCAGAAGUCGACGACAAGAUCGAUCCCAACUCCCAGGACGAGGUGGCUGAGUUUGUCCCCGAAUCCGAGAACGAGAUCCGUGCCAGUGGCGAGACGAUUGACGACUCCUUCGAGGAGGCCGCUGUGCCCUCCAACGAGGUCAUCGUGGUCAACGACGACGCCGGCGAAGUGGCCGAUCCUGUCCAGCCAUCACAUCCUGCUGCUACAGACGCCGUGGCCCUUUGAGGAACUCACGUUCACAUAGACUGACAUUUUAAUUUUCGUGGCCAUUUUUCGAUUUUCCAAUUGAGAAUGAAAAGAAAAUGUUUCAUUAGUUUUCUAAGAGCACAUGCAACGCAAACAAAUUAUUUAUUUCAUACUCGUACUCGUACUCUACCCAGGAAUUUAUCUAUAACAGAAAUUACAAAUAAAAAUCAUUAAAAAUAAAAAUAUGGAUAAUUAAAAUA